CAGCAGGAUCUGAGAACAUAGCAAAGCUCUGAUAGGGAUAUUGUUCGAUGUCGCUGGUUACGAGUGGACAGAAGUGAUCGGUGUGUCGGUUAGAGAAGAACCAUGAUCCGAUUGUGUCUCCUCUUACAAUUAUGCGUGUUGAUCGCCUCACAAAGGACACCGCUCGACUCACCGGAAAAUCUGUUCGUUUUCCGCAAUCUUCGUAAAUGGAUUCUUCAGACUUUCGGUAGAACAGACAAUGCACGACAAUUUUCAGUGGAGGACCGAAGACAGAUUCAAGACGAACUCCCUCCAAAUGUUCCUUUCCCCUGCAAUGUGACAGGUGGCAGGUCCUCGACAGUACCAGAUUCGGUUCAUCGUCUGAGACCAGGUGAUAUAGAUGUCAUUGCCGCGGUUGGCGAUUCUCUGACGGCUGGUCUUGGCAUUUUUGCUAGUGAUAUAUUACAGAUGGGCGUCGAAAAUAGAGGAGUCGCAGCAACUAUUGGUGGUCAAGGAAAUUGGCGAACAUUUUUGACCCUUCCUAACAUUCUCAAGGAAUUCAAUCCGAAUUUAAUAGGUUAUGCACUUGGAGAUUCCUUAACUUCCGAUCCAGCUUCACAGUUGAAUGUAGCUGAGUCUGGUGCAAUGUCCAGAGACCUACCUUUCAUGGCCAAAUAUCUAGUCAAUAGGAUAAAAAAGGAUCCAAGAAUAAAUAUAAAUAAACAUUGGAAGCUUAUCACAAUACUUAUUGGAAGCAACGAUAUUUGCAGCGAGAUGUGUGAAGUAUCAUCACUGUCCUCCUUUUUGGAAGCUCAUAGAAUGAAUCUGAUUAAGGCACUGAGGAUAUUUCGAGAUAAUUUACCAAGAACUUUAGUUAGUGUUAACGUGUCACCUAAUCUCCAUAGUCUCAUCGAUUCAAUUAAAGGAAAACCAUCGUUAAAAUGUUAUUUUCUGACACAAAUCGAAUGUCCUUGUUUAUUUGGUUUACAAUACGAAGAUAAAUUAUCAGAAUAUUAUAACACAUUUCAUAGGUGGCAAGACUUAGAGGAAGAAGUGCCAUAUUACCCUGAGUUCAAUAGAAAGGACUUCACUGCGAUAGCUUCACCUGUUCUUAAAAAAACAGUACUGCCAACUGCAGAAGACGGAUUUGGAGAUAUGAGAUAUUUCUCAGCUGAUUGUUUCCAUGUGAGCCAAAGAACUAACGCAUGGUAUGGUAAUGGUGUGUGGAACAAUCUAUUGGAGCCAGUUGGUAACAAAACCAAUUACUGCCUUCCAGAGUACGAAAGAUUCUUAUGCCCUACACCAAAGAAGCCAUUUUUGAUGACACGAGAGAAUUCAUUCAAAACAAAUAAGAUUUCGUAACGAAAAGUAAUAUCAUAAAAGUGAAUAAAUUAGCAAAUUGCAAUAUUGUGAAAAAUAUUUUCACUUGGUGGAAAAGUGCCAUAUAUGUUCUAUUUUCAGAAAUAACUCGAACAAUAAAUUCCAGUGCAAAAAUGGUAAAUUUUAAGGAAUAGUGUAAUAUGUAAAUAAAGGAGAAAAUUGGA